ACAAAUUCUUCCAAAUUAUUCACUAGUUUUCUGUAAUAUUUGUUUUGAUUUAAAUUUGAAAUUAUUGUCAAACAUGACUAAAAUGCCGUCCCGAUAUAGUAAAGGGAACAAUAGUUUGAAGUUCAGUAGUGAUAUAAGUGGCGGUCCCUCAGCCCUCAGUCUCUAUACUAAUGCAACCAAUAAUAAGAGUACUUCUUCAGCAUCUUCUGGAUAUAUAUCAGAUCACUACUCAAGUCCAUCGAGUUAUCACUCACUGUCCGGUUAUAUAAGUGAUGUCGGCAGCAGUAGUCAGCUAUCAAAAAGCAGUUAUCUUCAUUCAAAUACAUACCGAAGCACUACAGGGGUUAAAACCUACUCAACUUAUGGUAGUUCCUAUACAAGUAGUGGUAGUAGUAGUAGUACAGUGCCUCGUAAUCUAUCAACAAAUACAUCGCGAAUGCCAUCCAUUAGCUAUUCAUAUAGCAAUGGUUACGCCCGUAAUACGAGUCCAAACCCUCCUAAAUAUGUGUCGUAUUCAAGAUCUUCAAGAAGUACUACUCAUUCAAGUCAUGAGUUUAAUAACAAUAAUAAAAUUAAUGAAAUAACUGAAAAAAGCAAAGCACCGGCAGAUUUCUCAUCAGAUUCAGACUCAGAAAGCAAUGAGACAGAUAUGAUAACCCAUACAAACAUUAUAGUGACCUCCCGUUCCACUUCUCCUAACAGAGAGGUCUCCCAUAUUAGAGUAGAUUCCAUAUCAGCCAUACAACAGAUAAUUCGCCCGAAAAAAGUUAUGUUUGGCGUCAGUUUGAAAAAACAAUCACAACUAACACAAGUCAAGGAAAAUGAUUUUAUUGAUAGACUGCCGGAGUCACGAUCUCCCUGUCGAUCACUAACACCCACACCAAUGAACAUCUCACGACUCAGUCCAACAAUAAGCCCAAACAUAAGUCCAACAUUAAGUCCAGCUGUCAGUCCCACUCCAAGUGUAAGUCCAAGUCAUUCGCCGUCAUCAACAGUUAGGAUGCGUUACGGAUAUACUCCUAACAGAAAGUCUAAUAACAGAUCUAAUUUCAAUCGAUAUUCAAUGCCAGUCAUGACAAUCACUACCUCUGCAAUGGAAACCGAUUAUUCAAAUUUCACAUCCAUUUCCAACAAUACAAAUAAUAGUCAUAUAGAGAGAGCACAAUCACCACAAACUUCAACGUCAGUAUCAAACUUAGCGCAACAGUCUCUGCAAACAAUGCCUGUCAUUAUUGAUCAACAAUCAAAUGCUAAUAACAAUACAGUUAAUUGUAAUUGUGAUCAAAAAUCAUAUGAAAAUGAUAAUAAUAAUAACAAUCUUUUAGUUAAUGAUUCAAAAUCUAUAGUUCAGAGAAGAUCAGCGAACAGAAUAUCGCCAUCAAUUAUAAGAAGACGAAGAAGUCAAUCAAGAGGCAAACUCUCGGGUCGAUCAAGAAGUAGGUCUAGAGAUGUAUUGGAUAAACACGAGUCUGAGUCAACACUUACUACUAGUAGUAGUAGUGAUGAUGAAGAGCACCGACAAAACAACACAUCUGAGAGACGCUCGAGAAUCAGGAAAAAGAAAAACUUUGCAAAUAUUGACACAAAUCUAACAAAUCAAAUGCAAUGUAAAAAUAACAAUGAAAUCAUUUUGAAUACAAAUAUAAUAACACCUGUGGAAGAUCAGUGUUUAGGGGACUCAUGUGUAAACACCAUGGAUGACCACAUCUGCAAUAAUCAUUGCAAUAAUUUCAACAAUAAAUCAAAUCAAUUGCUUACCGACUCUGAUAAUAUCAUUAUUAGUCAAACACUUCCUAAUGGUUUCAAAUUAGCAGCAAAUGAUUUGAUGACAGAACUAUAUACAACUGCUUCUGAAUGUGAAGACAGCGAGUUCUUUGAGUCGGACGCCGAAAAAAUUUAUCCGACAUCAGUCCAGAUUAGCACAAGAAAUACCAGUAAUAGCAAUGGUAACGAUAAGACAGACCAGGCAUUGCAACUCAGUGUUACUUAUAGUCAUAUUAGGUCACAAACAAAGGAUUCAAGCGAGAGCUCUGAUAACAGUUCAAAAAGUUAUGAUACUAUUAGACUUAAUGACCAAAACAUUCAAAAAUCUACUUCUGAUUUAAAAGUAAUUUCAAGUAAUAGACAGAGAGAUGAAGGAGUGUCUGAAGACAAAUGUUUGACUUAUAAAGAGAGCUGUCGUGACAAAAGUGGUGACAAUAGUAGUUGUAUUUUAUCAGAUAUGACUCGCGAGUCAGUCGACUGUCUCGAUAUGAAUCCGGUGUCAUGUUUGCCAUCGUUUCCUAAAGAAGAUAAUGACAUUGUAUUACAAGACCUUAACCUAAAAGAAGGUUCAUUGCGUGACUCCGGCUUUUCAGAGUCAUCUAAUCGUCCGGAUUCUCCAUACGAUAAUAUUGUUAAACCAAAUGAUGCAAUCAGUCUUCAAAAUGACUACAAUUUAAACAAUAUUACAACGACUCGUUAA